CUCACUCACUCUCUCAGUGUAGCUCUCACUAGCACACAGCGCACAGCAGCUAGCCGAGUGCACACCAGCAUAGCAGCCAACCAGCCAGCCAGCCGAUGGGCAAGUGCGUCAGGAUCCGCGGCAGCAAGCCGCCGUCGCCGGGCGAGGCGGCGGCGUACCUCACGCUGCGGAGCGGCCGCCGCGUGCCGGUGGCGGUGGCCGCGGGCGCCGCCGCGUGCAGCCCGCCGGGCAGCCGCCGCAGCAGCCGCCGCGGGUGCGGCGCCAAGCCCGCGGCUAAGCGCGCGUGCGGCAGCCCCGGCCGGCGCAAGAGCGCGGGGCUGCCGAGGCCGGCGCUCAACGGCGGCGCCCGGCCAGAGGAGAAGCUGCCGCCGCCGCCGCCGCCGCCGCCGCCGCCGCAGGCGAGCCCCGUUGCCCGCGACGGCGUCGACGGCGACCGUGGAGACAGCUCCGACCGCCGCCGGCCCGGGAGCAAGGCCGCCGGCGUCGCAGGCCAGCCGUCGCCGCCGCCGUCACGGCCGCUGGAGGCCGAGAUGGAGGCCUUCUUCGCCGCGGCGGAGCUCGCCGAGCGCCGGCGAUUCGCAGAUACGUACAAUUACGACGUCGCCCUCGACCGCCCGUUGGAAGGCCGGUUCGAGUGGACGCCGGUGAGCACGUGAGAGGUCGGAGCAAGGGGGGCAAAACUGUCAACCCGUAGAUCGCAAGGAAUGCUUCUUCUUCUUCUUCUUCUUCUAGCUACAACCUUGGGAAAUUGGAGUUAGUCCUUGACUCUCCUACUGAUCACUCAUGUCGUUUAGAGAAUUCCACUGCUUCAGUACCUCUUGUCAUCAGCUGUCACUAGCUACUUACUACUAGUAGCUAGGAAUAGUCGCCAUGGUUCAGUUCAUCGAUCGAUCUACCACUGUACUGUCUCUGACAACCAUGCAUAUAUAGUGUGUAUAGGAUAAGGUGAUCCAUUGGAGGAAGCUUCUGAGCUCCCCAUGCUGAUCAGUUUCGUUCAACCAGCAUGACAUUGUUCUACUCAUUUUCACUUCAACUCAACUCAUUAGUCUCGCAUCUUUAAAUCAGCAUAAUUUGUGACUUCUGUUCAUACAUAAUUUACUUUAAUUACAAGCAA